GCUGUAGUGUGUAUCUCUUUUAUUACGAAAUCAAAUCAGAGAUAAAAACCCUAAGUUUAGAAACAUUACAAUCAAAGAAAGGGUUUAGGGAUUUUUUUUUUAAUGAAUUGAAAUCGAAGUUGAUAAUCAAAUUUCCAAACUCCAUUCAAUUUCAUCAUCUGUCAAUGGAAGGAAAUUGUGAGGAAAAUCUUCAUUUUAAUUCUCUAACUGAAGAUUUGUUGAUUGAAAUUCUAUUAUGGCUACCAGUAGUAUCUCUUCUACGAUUCAAGGCUGUCUGCAAGUAUUGGCGAUCGAUUAUCGAAAGCUCAGAUUUCAUCCAUCGACACGCCAAUUUCGACAACUCCACAGCGUCGAAUCGUGGUAGUGGUGACAGCCAAGAAGAUUCUGGGCAAUGGAAUUACAAAAACUUGGGUACCUCACCACAUUUAAGUGAUGAGGAUGAGUAUGAAAUGUAUGCUAGUUACCCUCCUCAAGCAAAUAUGGUGGGUUCUUGUCAUGGCAUCAUUUGUAUACAUGAUCCUCAUCUUGGGGAUGUUAUCCUCUGGAACCCUGCAACUAAGAAGUAUAGAUGUCUCCCUAAAUCAUUACCCCUCCUAGAUGAAUUUGGCGUACUAAAGUCUGAGUUUGUUUUGUUUGGUUUCGACUGUGAAACAUAUGAUUACAAGGUCUUACAAAUCACUUUCUUCGAAAUCGACAAUGAAAUUGACGUCACACCACCAAAUAGGACUCAGAUAUAUAGCUUAAGGUCGGAUUCUUGGAAGUGGUGUAUGGAUGCCAGUUUGUCUGGUCACUCUUAUAAAGCCAAUACUCAAAAUCAAGGUCGAUAUCAUAAUGGUAGUUAUUAUUUCGUAGGAAAUAAUUUUAUAAGAAAACAAUGGAUUACGAAUUCUGUCCCAUAUUGGUAUGUUGAUGCGGAGCCAGUGGUUCUCUGCUUCAAUUUCAGCAGAGAAAGUUUCAGGAUGAUUCCCGGUCCAUGUGAUAAAUUUGAUUUAGAUGUCAUAGGAGGUGACCGCGGAAAGAUUGCUUGCAUUACAUUUGAUUAUAAUGGUUCUCAUGAUGUAUAUGAAGUGUAUACUUUGGAUGAUUACAGUUGUAGUGCUACAAACAGUAACGAGUACUCAUGGAGUAAGUCACAUGCGUUCACUGUAAACUGUCCUAAUGGUGGCAUAGGUACUAAGGCAAUUACAAAAAAUGGAGUGUUUGGUUUUCUAUCUGGUAUUGGCGGUGGUCUGGUGUUUGUCAACUUUCUUACAGCUGAGAUGAAGGAUAUUGAAAUUAUUGAUGGCUCUUUGGAAGGUCUAGGCUAUAUAAUCAGAGCGGAUGUUUACAAAGAGAGCUUACUCUCUAUCCAUAGUGCUGUGCCUAGCAGCAGCAGCAGCAGCAGCAGUUAAUAGACAUGAAAUCCACCAUUUACAACUUUGGAAUGAUGUUGUUUAGCAUGCUGCUCCUAAACGUUUUUAUCUUUCUAUUUAUCCAAAUGAAUAAAUCUAGGUUUUGACAUACUUGGUACCUCUAAA